AUGAUGCCUGGCUCUCCUCCCCGUCCUCCGUCCCCGAUCACGGACCGGCCUCGGCGCCGACCAGCGAGCCGGGCUUGCGAUCGCUGCCGCCGCAGAAAAGCAAAGUGUGACUAUGUCGGCUCCACCGGGAGUUGCACCCACUGCCGCGACAACGAUGUGCGCUGCACCUUUGAUUUGCCCCUGGCCAGACGCGGGCCCAAGGCCAAGAAGAAGCCCGAUGCUUUGCUUUCAGCCUUGUCCUCCGCCCGUCAACCACCUCUGCCGCCAUCCGCCGCCAGCGGGAGCAGCGCGGCAGCCAGUCCCGCCGUCAACCCGAGCAGCAUCCACCACGUGCUCUCUUCCCCGGUCAUCAGCGACGCCCCGACGCCCAGCCUGUCCGCCUCGGGCCAUGCCGUCCCGGCGCUGAGUCGGUGGCGCGCCCUGUCCCGCGCCGUGCAGCUGGCUUUGCGCAACACGACCCUGGAGUGGACCGUGACUCGCUGCCUCGACCUCUUCUUCGAGUAUCUCUACCCCCUGACGCCCUUGGUUCACGAGCCCAGCCUCCGAGAUGGCCUCGACUUCUUCCUCACCGAGGCCACCGCAUACGCAACCGACCACCCACCGAACUCAGCAUCCCACUCCGACUUGGACACAGCACCUUCGACCACCACCGUCGCGGCAGCCGGCGUGAGUCGGCCAUGGUCUCGGUUCCCCCGGAACGAGGUAUACGCGGGCUCCAACGGCGAGUCCCUCAAUACGUGGCCCGACGCCACUUUUACCUUCAUCACAGCCGUCUGCGCCGAGGCGGCCUUUCUCCUGCCCAAGGACAUAUUCCCGGAAGGAGAGCGCGUGGCCGACAUCUUCCUCCGAGCCUCGCGCGACUGCUUGGCACAUUAUCUAGAAGCAGAUCUGGAGAGCCCCAACGCAAACUCUAUCACCAUUCGUUACUUUCACUCCAACUGCGUUCAUGCGGCUGGAAAGCCAAAGUACUCGUGGCACAUCUUUGGCGAAGCGACACGUCUCGCGCAGGUAAUGCAUCUCCACGACGAGUCGUCCCUCGAGGGGCUGCAUCCGGUCGAGGCCGAGCUGCGGCGCCGAGCCUUCUGGAUCGUAUACAUGGGAGACAAGUCGGCCGCCGUUCUCAACAACCGUCCCAUCACCCUUCACAAGUUCUCUUUCGAGUCAGGCAUCACCAUUGAGUACCCAAGUGGCCUCGGGGCCCCGGCCCCCUCUCCCAUCGGUCAUGUUCCAUCAAACCCUGCUGUCCGAGCUCAAGGUGCCCGGCAGAGCUUCAUAGACGGGUUCAACGCAAACCUGCGACUCUGGCAGGCGGCCUCGGACGUCGUGCUCGAGAUACGAUUUUUGCAAGACCAGAAACCAUCGCCGAGAUAUUCCCACACGCCUUCCGAGAUUUUGUUGACAGAAGAUGAUCGGCAACGGCUCGACUCUCACUUUGUCCGCUUCAUCACCUGCCUCGACGACUUGCCACCGUACCUGCAGUCGUACACGUUUGCGGCCAUUGCCAGCGGGGGCAGGCAGACAACGCAGUCGACCCAGUUCAUCAUUCAGUGCGCGAACCUUCAAGUCUCUUUUCACUGUCUGCGUAUGGUCAUCAACCAGAAGUUUGAGGACAUCUCCUAUUUCCCUCCCGGCGCCGAACAGGCCGACCUGAGGAAGACGGAGAUUGUUCGAGACAUGUUGCGGGUCAUGCAUGAAGCGCCCUUCUGGUCUUUGCAGGUCAACGGCGAGCCCUAUGUGGAAAAGAUUCGCUUGAUAGGGGCCAGUUUGCUGGCCAUCAUUCAUCGAAACCAGACAUCUCCUCUCGGCGCGAGAGCACGCGGCGACUUUACGGUCCUCCUUGACAUACUAACAAGGCUGGAUUCCAGGGCAUCUGACGCGCUACGAAGCAACUCUACGCUUUAUACUUAG